AUGCGCUUCAUCGCCGUUGCUUCCAUUUUCUUUGCUGCUGCCUCUUGUGUUCUUGCCCAUGGUCAUGGUCAUGGAUGCUCAUCCUCCCAGUUCAGCUGGACCAUCCCCGGCACGAAUACUCAUAUUUGUCUCCCAAAGAAUUUCCAUGGUGAUGGGAACUGCCCAUCCGAUAAGGAAUGUCCCGAGGGUUGGGCAUGGAGUGGACAUUACAAGGUUUGCGUUCCCAAAACCAACAGGCCCCGCUAUCCUUCGUGCCCUCAUGGAGAUUGGGACUUCCGCAACCAAUGCUGCCACAAGCCAACUGGAACGAAAGGUGGAGAUCAUCCCAAGCCCUCUCAUCGUCUCGGUCACGACGAUCACCAUGAUGGUGGUGAUCAUCAUCAUCAUCGGGCUGUCCGUCUUAAUGGCUACAAGUACUAA